GCAGGCCUCUAUACGGCGCCUUAGGGUUAGCUUCAUCGGCCUCAUCGGCGGCGGCGAUUUGAAGGCAUCGGCGGCAUGGCGCAUGUAGAGGAUGAAGGGGAAGAGGAGCAGUGCUUCUUAGUAGAGCCUUUAUUCUACGACGAGGCGAAGGAAAUGGCCUGGGCGUUGGCGGAGAGGGAGAGGCGUCGGCGGGAGGAGGACGAGAUGGCGCGGAAGGUGGCGGAGAACCUGCGGAGAGACGAGGCGCACCAAACCGUCAAGAAAUCCAUCAUCGAGUACAAUACCAAGUUGGAGCGCAACGUCUACACUCGGUUUUUCCUUCGAGAUUUUUCCGUCUUCGACAUAAAUGAGUUGUCUCUUAUCCCUCCAAUGCGAUACACCGAUAGCGUGUACGAAGAUGAGUUCGCGCUAGAGGACUCUGCAAACAUCCUCUCAGUCAGCGUAGUCUCCUCAGAUGUAAGCUUGCCAAUCAACGUCUAUGGCAGUGUUAUCGUCAGAGAUAGCAUUGACUACAAGUGCAUUUAUUUGUUCCGCCGUCAUAGAGAUGAUUGCCAAGUCAUCAACGAUGAGGUUGCUUUUAAUUGCCAUUCCAGCUGUACAUACACUAAUUUCUCGUGAGCUUCGUUUGAUAGGACAAGACAUUGAUUUUAACUGGCCCAGAUCGAGGUCUAGUCUUGGUUGACUUUAUCUAUCUAGAGAUAGAUCUUAAGAUCAGAGAUCUUAAGGAUGAUAAAGAGGAUCAAGACAAGCAGUUCAGCAAAGGACUAAUUAGUAUUGAUGGCCGAGUAUUGUCUAGAGAGAGAGAUGUUGUGGUUAGAAGUGAAACCCUCGAGAGCUGGCUCAGCACUAUGGAAGUGAGAGUUGCAACUGUUUUGAAUGCAGUCGAAGUAACCUUUGAAAUCAAGCUUCUUAUGGGACAUUUGGAUGGAAAUAUUACGGUUGGCAUCAAGGGCAUUAAAGAACCGAUUCUGAUUCAUGAUAGUAAGGCAGAUGGCGUGGUAACAUGUGAUGAAAGUCGGGUUGUCAAACUACGGCGUCGUGUCAUGACUAUCUGUCUUAAAGAAAUGCUGGCAUUUCACAUUGUUAAUGAGGCUGAUGGUGUUAAGGGAGAACGAACCCUUGAUUUGACCCCAAAACGCACUGGCUCAGAUCACUGGAAUACUCUGUGUGGCGCAGGGGUGUUCGGCUUCACGGUUGUCUGGUCUUUGAUGGACUUCAGAAUGUAAUCAUGUGACAUCUAUACUAUAAUAAGUUAUUAUGUACUGAAGUGAUGUAAUGAGCUAAGCUAUAUCAUGAGUCGUGAUGUAAUGGAUCAUGUAAUGACGAAGUGAACUAAGUUUUAUCGUGUUACAUUGAUUAGUGAACUAAUAAGUUAAA